AUGGGAGUUAUUAACAUCAUCAAUAACGGAAUAUUUCCUUUGACGGCAAAGGAUUUCAUCAAUAAGCGAGAUAGGAAGAAAUCGAAAGAUCUUACCGCUUAUAAUGUCUAUUGUCGUGCUUUCAUCAAAACAAUGGAGCUAAACUCAAUUCCAUCCCCGCCAGAUCACACGCUCAAAUUUUAUAUGAGCAUUUCAUGGAAAAAGGAAAGCCUUCGUAUCCGAACUCAUUGCAAAGAAAUAUCUGAAGAAGCCUUAAAAGAUUCUAAAAUUUAA